AUGUCUGUGUCUCCUCUGAUGAUUUCCUACGUGUACUGGGCUUCCAUCAGAGCAAUUCCCUUCCACUCUUCCACUUACGCCACUCCAUUGCUUGUCACUGGACACCGGUCUUCACCAAGGGCACCGUGGCAACGAGAUCCACAACCACCACCACCCCCACUCCCACACACCCCCUAUCCUCGGCCCACGGCCCGGAGCCCAGACAAGUUUUCAGGGGCAGAGCUGAUCGAUAAAGAGAGGCUAAGAUAUGCCAUUACAGGUGUGAAUGGAAUCUGGGUGGGGGACCGUGCCAAUGUCCGGCCCGUCCCCAGCGACGGGCCGAAAAUCAUCCAGGCGCCUAAGGCGCCCAGUAGCCGGGGCCAGUCGGAGGAAUGCGGGGGGAGAGCCCCCCCCACCCAAGGUCAACCCGAGGGGGCCGACGGCGACAAGACCACGGACAGAGGCCGAACCACCCCACACCCAGGCAGGCCGCAGAGGCCCAGGGUCCCCGCACCCAGAGCCCGCCAGCGCCCAAGGGCAGGGCCAGCCCACCACCGGGGGGAGAAGCGCCCCCCCCAGACCGCCCACCAGGGAGGCACGGCCAGAUACCCACCACUGCCACCCCCACCGCCCCCCAGAAGCCGACCGCACGCCCCCCAGCCCAGGGAGGGACAGGCGGAGGCCCGCGUAGGGCCACCAGCCAAGGGGGCCCCCAGAGACGGAAGAGAGGCAGACUCCCGAGCCGGUCCAGACCCCCCAGGUAGAGGCAGGGCCAGUGGUCCAAGGACCCGCCGUGCCCAACCCCGCGGUGCCCCGGAGAGGGGUCCCCCAACAUCCAGGAGCAUCUGCGCCCGCCGACGACCCCCGCCGGGUAGGCAGACUGCCGCCCACCACAGCACCUUCAGGGAGGUGCGUCAUGAUGAGCCACAACCAUGCCUCCCGGACACCCCCCAGACCGAGCGCAGGGGAUCCGAUCCCCCACGUCCAGUGACGCCUCAUGGCCACCACUGCUGCCCUCACCCAGACCGCCAGUCCCAACACGGCCAGGGGGUGAGCAGGAAUCGAGCGCUCAGGAGUGCACCCGCGACCACCCCCCCCCACCCCAGCCCACCGGGCCAUAUGCCCCAUUCCCACCCACCCCCGGCCAAGAAGGGAGCAACCCGUCCAGGCCAGGGACACGCCAUGGCAUCCCAUGAGUGCCGCCGGGGCGGAGGACCAGAUACCCCCACACCCGAUCAGAAGGUAGGACCCCGGUGA